AUGACCACUCAGUGUCUGCUGCUAGGUGCUUUCUUGGAUACCCUAGAUGUGGGAGUUGUUCUGCUUUUCUGUGAUUUUUGGCUUGGUAAUUCACAUGAUUCCUUUCAAGGUGGAGCUUCGUCAGUGCAUAGUUCAAGUAAGUUGCCAUUCUCAUCUGAGGGGAGGUCAGCUGUUUUUCUGCUUUGCAGUAUGUUCAUCUUAACUGGACUGGUGAGUAGGGCACGCCUUUGCGUCAACUUUGGUGAGAGAGAUGGGGCUGACGGGGGUGAGGAAUUGCUUGUAACCAUCAUAAUGAGAAAGGGCAUUGUUUUUGCAGUACCUCCCUUGCACAGCGCAUAA